CUCCUGCCGCUCUCAGUCUUAAGGGUUUUGCAUGAUACCAUUUCAAAGAAAAUUUUACACAUAUAAAAACAUUAUCAGUUUUUCUCUUUAAAUAAGGAUAUAAAACCCUAUUACCCACUAUCAUCACUGAAAAGAGUAAGAAAGGACUAUCAAGCUUUAGAUAGCCUGGAACUUGCUAUGUAGCCUAGGCUGGCCUCAGAUUCAGACCUUCUGCCCCAGCCUCCUGCUGGGGUAACAGGUGUGCCCUACCCCACCUGGCUGAAAAUCAAGGUGUAAUGAUUUUUGUCCAAGUGAUGGGAACCCAUUUACACAUUUUAUAUCUUAACUAUUUAAUAAGUAUUUUAAAAUUCAUGUCUUUAAAACUUGGUAUAGCAGCAUAUAAUCCCAGUGCUUGGGGGCAGCUGAGACCAAAGAAUUUUAAGUUCUAGGACAGCUUGGCCUACAUAGUGAGUUUUUGAGUGGAGAGAAGGGGAGCUCUAAAACAAAACAAAACAAAACAAACCAGCAAAGGCUUGGCAUCAUGGUACAUGCUUGUAAUCCCUGCACUUGAGUUAAAGAUCAUCCUUAUCUAUAUAGAGUGUGAGGCCAGCCUGGCUACACAGCAUUCUGUCUCAAAAAAACAAACAUAAUUAUGGUAUCAUUUUUCAUAAGGUGUUUCCAUGGAGUAGCUCUGGGUCCUCCACCCCACACUUUAGAGACGGUUUGGAUCCUCCCAUGCUCUUCCUCUCUCUUCAGGGUCUGGUGUGUAAGUGUAAUGGUCGUCGGAUGAACUUAGACAUCCACUUUAUGCUUUCCAGGGAUUGGUAUUGCUGCUCUAAAACAGAUCUUGUGAAAUACUGUGCGCUACCAUUUUCCAAAAAACCUAAGAAUCACUUGGUACCUGUUUAAUUUUUUUUAAUCUUCCAAAAUUCAUGUUUGGGAACCCAGAGCAGCUAUCCCAUGGUAACACACAGCCUUGUGUAUGAGCAGGCAUACACAUUCUCUCUCUCUCUCUCUCUCUCUCUCUCUCUCUCUCUCCCUCCCCCUCCCUCUCCUUCUCCCUCCCUCCCCUUCUCCUUCUCCCUCUCUCUCCAGAUAGAAGCUUGAAAACCUAUGUAAUUUCCCAGAUCCCUAGUUUCCUUGCCAAAAUCUGAAAUGGAAGCAGAGCUUGGAGGCUCUUUCAUCAAGCUGAGGCAGGCUCUUUUUCAGCUGAACUCCAUGGAUUCCUCCUUGCUGUUCACGGCUCAGGCUCUUCUCCGCUGGCACGAUGGUCACCAGUUCUGCAGCAAAAGUGGGCAGCCCACUAAGAAGAACAUGGCCGGCAGCAAGCGAGUGUGUCCUUCCAGUAACAUCAUCUACUAUCCACAGAUGGCCCCUGUGGUGAUCACACUGGUGACAGAUGGGGCCCGGUGCCUACUUGCCCGCCAGAGCUCCUUUCCCAAGGGACUGUAUUCUGCCCUGGCAGGCUUCUGUGAUAUAGGUGAAAGUGUGGAAGAGGCCGUCCGGCGAGAGGUUGCAGAAGAGGUGGGCCUGGAAGUGGAAAGCCUACAGUACUCUUCGUCCCAGCACUGGCCCUUUCCCAAUAGCUCGCUUAUGAUUGCUUGUCAUGCAACGGUGAAAGCAGGGCAGACAGAGAUCCAGGUGAAUCAGAAAGAACUAGAAGCAGCUGCCUGGUUCAGUCUCGAUGAGGUGGCCACAGCCCUGUUGAGAAAGGGCUCCUUUCUUCAGCAGCAGAGUGAUGCUCUCCCAUUGUUGUUGCCUCCCAAGUUAGCUAUUGCCCACCACAUGAUUAAAAAGUGGGUGGAAAGGCAGACCUGUGCUUCCCUGGCUGCUUAGCUCAAAUCAGGCCAUCAAGAUCCCUCCCGGGCACUGCUGAAGGGCAUGCCAGAGAUCUACUGCAAGAGGAUGUGGCCUCUUGGCAGAGGCAGAGCCUCCUAAGGAAGAGAGACGCUCUGAGAUGAUCCCAUUGCCAAAAGAGGUUCCUACUAACAGACAACCAAAAAUGUCAGUGAAACCAGGAUAGGGCAGCCUGUACCGGUGCUUGUCCCAGCUGCUUUAGAGGCAAGAACAACAGCUCUAAGGAGCAGAGUUGAUUGAGGAGAUAGAUGCUAAUGAUGAAAAGCCGAGGGAAGGGUGUUGAUUCAUUUGGAUGUGGGCCAUUUUCUCCAAGGGCUGUAGGAGCAAACAUCUUCUGUCACAUGGCUUGUGGAUGUUGCAUUCACAGGAACUGCCAAGUGUGCCUGGGGUAAUUUAUCUUAGUAUCUAAACUAUUAACAAAUCUCAACUCACAUUUGAGUUGCUUCUGUGCUCACAGAAAAAUAGCCUAGCACAAUGUUUCUGAAUUUGUGUGUAGGUACACUCCUGUUUAAAUUUGUUAUUACGAGUGUUUGCCUGCAUGUAUGUCUUUACACAACAUGCAUGCCUAGUUCCUGAGGAGGCCAGAAGAGGGUGUCGCAUCCCCUGGAACUGGAGUUACCGACUGUGGCGAGCUGCCAUGUGAGUGCUGGGACUCAAACUUGGGUCUUCUGGAUGACAGCCUCUGAGCCACCUCUGAAAGACUGUGCUGUUGUUCCGGCUCUUUCACUUGCUCAGUUUGUGACCCAGGGAAGACUAAACAUAAAACAGUACUGGAGUCUGCACUCCCAGAGAACGCUGCUUCAAUUAAGGAAAUGGUGAAGCUAAGCAAACACUACGACCACCAUCCCCACCCACAGGUGCUAGAGACUGAACUCGGGACCUCACACAACCUCUGCAAGCCUGUCACUGAGCUGUCCCCCAGCCUCUGUGUCCUCGGUAUCUUGCCAUUGUAAGAGAAGAUUCGCUGAAGGAAAUAAAUUUUCAUGUCUUUAUUUAGA